UAUAACGUUCUGCAGGAUAGAUCCAGCGAUCCAGUGGCGAGAGAUAACGCGAACCCCGCAAUUGGCGGCGUCUCACUUAUGGGAUGUGAUCGACACAGUUAGAUACUCAUCGGUAGGGAACGCGCGAUAUUCGAAGGAUUCACGACUCCUGUCGGAGGAAGCAUGAACGGGUGGACGACUACCCCAACUUACGCCUUACCUAAAGUCGACUAGCGCAAUUCGGGAGGGACAACUUGACCUCAACUUUCGACAACGUUAUGUAACCUUCUGCAGACAACAUCACCACACCUUGAAGACAUAGGAAAAAUCUAGAAGGACAGACAUGAAAGCUUCAAGAUGGGCACCGAAAGAAGAACCGGCGCAAGACUCUGCUGCACCUGCACCGACCGUAUCUGAAAUCUCCGCCCCGCCAUAUGCAUCUGUUCAGACCGAAACUGCACCCUCGGAACCGCUGCAAGUGGACACCUCCACGACAGAUGCUUACAACGGCACAACGUACGAUCACUCAUAUUCCGACCCGUCGAUGGACCCGUUCGCACAAACUGCAGGAACAGACGACCUGUUCUUCGACGAUGACAUCGUUCCUAUAGACCAACCUGUGGUUGAGGAAACACCGACCGAAACACCUCAACCCACGCCGGUAGAGACGCCCCCGCCACCAGGCCCUGCGCAACAACAGGGACAGCACCAUGCACCAAGGGGCGCAUCGAAUGGAGACAAAGGCGCACGAGGAAAUCGGGGAAGAGGCCGCGGGGGAAGAGGUGGCCGUGGCCGGGGAGGCGGCUUGAACAACUCUCAUCAUGCGCCUACUGAGCCCAAGUCGAAGCCAGCGGAGCAACAAGACAUCACGAAACCGCAAGAAGCGAACAACGACGGCACUCCCGCUGCCACCCCGGCCACUACUACAGACACCGCAAGUCCUCCGCCUUCAGCGCCCGCUUCGUCUACACCCGUUGGCCCCAAGGACACCACCAAGGCACCUACCUCCGUCCGGGGUGACAGGACUCUAACCGGCGGUCCCAAACGCUCGCGUCUCACGGAGGAAGAGCUCAACGCCAAACUAGCCUCCAUGCGCGCCAAAAACGAAACUCUCGCGGCGCAGCACGCCCGCGCGGAAGCGGAUCUCGCGUCCUUCGAGGCGCGGGAAGCAGCGGCUGCGAAAGAGGAUGCGGAGCGCAAGCGGCAACAGGCCGAGAGGCAGAGGAUUGAUCGGCAGAAUCGACAGCAGAUGAUGGGUGAGCGCGAGAAGAAUAGGCAGAGGAAGUUGGAUGCUAUGCAGGGAAGGGCAUGGGACAAUGAGAAGGAGGAGGGAUUUGCGGGGACUGGAGAGGAGAGGAGAACGGGUGCGGCUAGAGGUGCGUAUGGUGGAGUGGCUCCUAGUCCGAGACAGGUGGUGGAGGAUGCAGCAGCGCAGGUUGGCGAGGAUGGAUUGAGUGCGCCGCAAUCGUAUCGUGGUGGACGCGGAAGGGGCAGAGGUCGUGGUGGCAGAGGAGGGCGAGGCGGAGGCGGGCGGGGAGACUUCCACGGUCCUCCUCAAGCAGGCGGCAAACCGGAGCAGCCUCAACAACCCCCCUCAGCGUCCGACUUCCCAGAACUACCCUCCGCAACACCGACAUCCGCGACCGCGAAGCCGGAAAAUGGAUCAUCUAAGAAGCCGGAUUGGCCGGCCAAGACGAAGGCUGAAGCAGUCAAAGCAGAAGAAAAGGAGGGGGAGCAACCGGGGAUGAAGAAGCAAGACUCCUUCGGCUUGUCGCCGGCUGAGGCGGGGAAGAGUUGGGCUGACCAAUUCGAAGACUCACAGUCGUAGUAGCACCGUUCCCACCUGAUCGUGGAGCUGGUGAUGCUGGUCCCUUGUUGAUAUGAGAUAUAAAUGGAACGGA